GCAAUAUGUGGAAAACAAGCAGUGAUGAUGGUUGAAAGAUUUAAUUGCAGAGAGAGAAGAAAAAGAGAGGGAGAGCGAUAAAGAAGACAAAGGAUUCAAAGAUUUUGCUUCAUUUCAAAGUUUAUAAAAACUUUACCCCAUUACCGUGUGUUUGUAAAUAUUUCAUACAUCUCUCUCUAUCUCCAAACCUUAUUACUGUAUUACUUGUCAAUGUCAUAUUAAACUCUCUGCCAUUCUUGUUUCUUCAUCCUUGAACCAGGUUUCCCACAAAUUUUUUAUUUUAAUUUAUUUGUUCCCUCUCCUUUACGGCUUUGAGUUAACUCUCCCUUUUUUUCUUCUAUUCUAUGGUUUGUCUUUAAUGCUACAUUGACUCGUGAUUAUGAACUCAGUGCCAGAAUAGCACUAUAAUAAGAACUGGCAAGUGCUCAUGUGGUUCUUAUGCUUAGAUUUCUGAAUAAACACAUAAAAAUGCCUCACUGUUAGCACCCAAAAUGGAUAGGAGAUUGCCUAGGAGCCCAGUGCUUAAGAGCCCUUUGCUGUCACCUAAAAGCCCUGCAAUCUAUGAAAAGUACAAGUCAGGAUGUGCCUGGGGGUUAAUUCACUUCUUCGAUUUUCGCCAAGCACAUUCACAUGGGAAGCUCAUUUCCGAUAAGAAGCGUGGUAACAGGCAGGCUAAAUGUGAUGGUCAUGCAAAGAAUAAGACUAGAUUUCUUACUAAUGAGGAGAAGGGUCAACACAUAGAUGAUGCAGUUGAUAACAGGAAUGUUGCAGUAAAUUCUAGGAAGCCAGAAGUUAAAAAUGAUGUAGAAGAAGUGAUGUCUGUGAAGCAUCUGACAAUGAAGAAAAGAGUCAUUUGUGAAUUGCAAAAUCAACAGGUUAACCCCAAACUUGUUGGCCAUGCAAAGAAGAAAUCCAGUCGCUUUCGUGCUCGUGGUUGUAAAGCAGCAAUUGAGGGGUAUAGCCAGCCUUCAGAGCGAAAUAUGGCUGAGAAACCUUCAAAUAACAACUUAGUAUCAGUGACAGAAGCAUCUGAUAAUGAUGUGAGUACUAGCAAUGGAGGAAACCAUAGCUGUAAAAACAUUGGAGGUAAGAAGCAUGGCCAUCAGACGGAGAUUAAUCUUCGAGUUGAAGCUUUCGUAAAUCAAAAGUUAACUGAUGGGGAGAACCUUACUAUAAAUGAGGUAGCCAACCGACCUAAUGAUUUUAUAGAAGCAUUGGAGGUUUUAAAUUCCAACAAGGAAUUAUUCAUGAAACUCCUACAAGACCCAAAUUCUCUGCUAGUGAAACAUAUUCAAGAUUUAAGGGAUUCUCAGACGGAGAAUCAACCACCUCAAUCUUCCUCCAACGCCAAAACAUCACAGUGUCAGCCAAAAGGAGCAGAGGAGUGUGAAGGGUCAGUAGACGCUGAAAUGGUCAUUUCUAAGGGAAGUGAUAUGCCUCAGAGUUCUAAUGCCACAGUAGUCUUGAAAUCAGGCAAACAAAGUUAUCCUGAUAAAAUCAGUAAUUGGCCGUCGCCACCGUCUAGUCAUAGCUUGAGGAAAAAGGAGAAAAGUGUUAGGCAGACAUUCUUGUCUUUUGAGCACAUGAAAAAGAAGUUGCGGCACGCUAUGAGGGUGAACAAAAAGGAGCAUCGCCAGAUGUCCCUAGAUGAUAUUCGUAAAUCCCUUCAUGAAUUCAAACAGAUCAAAGAUGAUAUUAAAGAAACGAGCAGGCGGGCAAAUGAAAGCAUUUCUUCUAGUAAAAGCUAUCACGAUGUUGGAAAAAUGUCUGAAUUUUUCCGUGAGGUCAACAGAAGAGAUGGGAUAGGCCAAACGGAGAACAUUGUUACAGGCAUUGGAAGCAAAGCUGCUUCAUCCACAGAGAGCUGUCAUAGAACCUCAAAUAUGACUCAAAGGUAUCUCAAUGGAAAAUUUCAUCCUAGUAAACACCUUUCAGAUAUGUUAAAUAGAGGAAAUGAAGAUUUAUCGAGACAACAGAAACUGAGGACUUUAAUGUCAUUGCCUCCGUAUGACUUGUUGCCUAGACCUGCACCAGUAAGAGAUAAGGAACAUCGGUUUGCAUCACCACAAAUGAGAUUUUCACCAUACAACAACUAUUCAACUGUUAAUGGAUACAAGUGGAGGGUUCAGAAAGAAAAGAAAAGCAGCUACUUAAUUUCUCCCAUUAAUACUUUGGGCACGCAGCUGGUGUCUGAUAACAAGAAGCCAGAUAAUCAACUGCAAAAUGCAAAGAAGAGUAUCAAUGGUGAUUUAUCUCCUGCCACCAAAGUGAUUCGAACUGUGUAUUCUGUCAGUGAUGAUUUUAGUCACAAAGGUAAUGAAACCUCUGUAUGUCCUGGGAAAGUCAUGGAAGAACAUCAUGCUGUCAUGUGGGACGAAUGCAAAAGUAACGCUUUAGGUGUCAUUUUGGAACCAAAUGGUGUGCAGAAAUCUGACAUGACCCAAAGAACCGAACCAAAUUCACCAUCAGGGGAUCGAACAUCGCCUUGGUCAAUCGAUGUUUAUUCAUCAAGCCCUUCAAGCAUUCAAAGAGCAGAAAAUUCUGAUAGCGCAGGUGAUAGAGAAGAGCAGCCAAGUCCUGUAUCUGUUCUUGAACAGUUCUUUGUCGAAGAGAGCGUUAACUCUCCUAGCACUGUAUCUCUAGCAGCUGAACCACUGGUCGAACCAUUUUGUAUAGAUAUCGAAGAACACAAUGCAACUUCGCUAUUGGAAUCCCAGUUGGAUCUGAAGAGUACUGCAGGUACUUCCAAGGAUAAGCAAGGAUCUUUGUCUGAAAGCAUAAGAGCAGUUCUCCAAGUUUCUGGUCUCAAUUGGGGUGAGCUCUCUGGGAGAUGGCUUUUGUCAGACCGAAUGCCUGAUGCAUCCUUGUUCAAUAAUGUUGAAGUAUGGCCUGAGAAGUCCUAUACCGAUCGUAGGCUGCUUUUUGGCUAUAUCAGUGAUGUCAUUUUGGAGAUAUAUCAAUGUUAUUUUGGAUGCUCCCCAUGGAUUUCGCUUCUCUAUCCACGACUUCAACCGGCUAUGUUAUCAAAAAAUCUGGUUCAUGAAGUGUUGAGACAUGUCGAUUGGCAACUCCUCUUGGAGCUGCCCCAACAGACAUUACAGCAACUUGUUGAAAAGGAUUUGCACAAAUCUGGAAUGUGGAUGGAUAACCGACUCGAUAUGGAGGAAGUUUUCACAGAGUUAGUUGACAGCAUUUUAGAGGAUUUGGUAAUUGAUGCUGCUAUUCGACUGCAAACCUAAAGCAGCACAUGCUGCUUCAUGCAUUUCUUGCCAAACUGCAUCUGUGAAAACAGAGGCAGUUUUUGCAGGGCAACACAACCAGUGUUCCGUGUUUAUCGAGACAUGAUUGGCCUCUUUCAGUGUUCUAACCUUGUAUUCACGCUUAACUCGCUAUUUCCUCCUCGGAACAGCAUGACGACCCUAGAGGAGGUGUUUUUUGCUGGUUUUCAAGUGGUCAUCAGUCCAGUGCAUGGAUUGAAACAAUGGUGUUGACACUCCUACAUACAUUGUUUACAUUAAGCCCAAACAAUAAUAAUCAUUUAUAGGUUAAUUUUUCAGUUCCAAAUAGAUUUCCAGUGGGACUGGAUUAGCCAAUAUAUAGCAAUAUUGGGUUUACAGUUUGUAAUUACCAAGUAAAUCAUUCAGUCCACGAUUUUAUAAAUUUCAGAUAGUUUAUCUUCAUGCCA